AUGCUGUUGUUGAUGUUCAAUCCAUACGGUGUGAAAUGGCUUGUUGUGAUCAUACUGGUACUGUUAGCUCUUGGAACCUCAGGAGACCAACUUUUACAAGAAGUACUUAUAGACCUGGUGAAUAAUGACAUUGAUAAGUCACAAGAUAAUGAGACUAAAGAACGAUCUAUUGCACGUGCAACAAUCUGGUCACGUAUAGCAAAAGUUGCUGCUGCCAUUUGCACAAUACUGUGGGUAGCCCCUGGCAAUGCUGUUGGGGGGGUUCAUUCAUCGUGGGGAAGUUCAUUCUUGAUUUGCAUAGUCACUAUGACAAUAUGCUUGAUAAUUUUUUGCAUUGGCCAUAGUAGUUAUCAUCAGGGGCAGUUGACUGAAACACCCGUUGGUGUCUUCUUUCGGGUGUUACAUAUGCGUAUUAAGAAGCUACUCGAGCGACACUUUUUGGCUAGGCAUAUCAACGAUUCUUCGAGACUAGAUGGAUCCCUGCAUAACCUGGGGAAAGAGAAUAAAGGAGGUGAUGAAGGGAUUAUGGGGAAAAGAUCACCACUGCCUACUGUAGAUUCUAAAGGGCAAGAAGCCAAUGGUUGUAGUUGCUCUUAUAAUGAUCAAGAUGACAUAGUAGUCGUGAAAAGCCUUUUAAGAAUGUUUCCCAUGUGGGGGAUGUUUUUGGUGGUUUCCCUAAUAUCAGCAACUGGGAGCACCUUCUUUCUUCAGCAAUACAACAACCUCAAUACUAACAACCAAGUAGCAGUACAGAUCUACGACUUGAUUAAAGAUGUCUCGAGUUUUGCUAUCCCAUUUUUGUAUUGCUGGAUUUGUGGUUUACGUAAGAAUAAUGAAAAGGUCAAAAUUGGCAUCGGAAUGCUUUGUGGAAUAGUAAGUUGUGUUUUUGCUUGGCAACUAGAGGUUCAAAGGCUAAAAAAAGUGAGCAAUCUGGAUGAUAAGGAUGCAAAUACUUCCUUAAGUUUUCUUUGGUUGGUGCCUCAGUUCUGUGUGCUUGGGGGCAUGGAAGGACUUACUUGGGAAGGAUUGUUAAACUUCUACAAGUCACAAAUGAAAGAAGAGACAUUACAGAGUUACGGGGAGGAAUAUAGUGAAUUCGUGAUGUGCUUUGGAAAGUUCCUUAACAUUAUCCUUAUCAUAAUUCUUAAGAGCCAACCGGCGGGGUGGUUUGGGGACACAAUCAAUGACAGUCGCCUAGAUAAGUAUUAUCUGCUUUUGGUAUCUUUUUGCUUAGCAAACUUCAUCAUCUAUUGUCUGAUUGCAAGGUAUUACUACAAGGAUCCUGAAGGACAUCAAGACUCGGUGAACGAUGAUUUGAAUCCAGGGGCGUCAUCAGUUAACUAUUUUUAUGACUUUCUUGAAUGCCUGCAAAACUGUUAG